GAGAGUCUGGUCAUUUCGAGAGCUCUAAAUGGUGAUACAAUGACCAUUAUAAAUGUCAGCAGGGCGUGCUAAGGGUGGCAAGGGAAGGACAAAGGCAGCUGCAGGGUAAGAGGAAUCACCUCCCAAGAUGGAGAAGUUCAAGGCUGCAAUGCUCUUGGGGAGUGUUGGCGAUGCUCUUGGCUACGGAAAUGUGUGCAGGGAGAACAGCGUUUUAAAUUCAAUGCAACAGGAGCUACAAAAGCCCAUGGGGCUGGAACAGCUCGUACUCUCACCAGGAAAGUGGCCUGUGAGUGACAACACCAUCAUGCACAUGGCAACGGCGGAGGCCCUCACCACAGACUACUGGUGCCUGGAUGACCUGUACCGUGAGAUGGUGAGGUGCUAUGUGGAGACUGUGGAGAAGCUUCCAGAACAUCGGCCAGAUCCAGCCACUAUUGAGGGCUGCUCACAGCUGAAGCCAGAUAACUACCUCCUGGCCUGGCAUACACCCUUCAGUGAAAAGGGCUCAGGGUUUGGAGCUGCCACUAAAGCAAUGUGCAUUGGCAUGCGGUACUGGAAGCCAGAGCGGCUACAGACCCUUAUUGAAGUCAGCGUUGAAUGUGGCAGAAUGACACACAACCAUCCCACAGGCUUCCUUGGGUCCCUGUGUACUGCCCUGUUUGCCUCUUAUGCAGUUCAAGGAAAGCCACUAGUGCAGUGGGGGAGAGACAUGCUGAAGGUAGUCCCACUGGCUGAGGAGUACUGCAGGAGGACCAUCCGGCACAUGGCAGAGUAUCAGGAGCACUGGUUUUACUUCGAAGCUAAAUGGCAAUUUUAUUUGGAGGAGAGAAAAAUCAGUGAAGACACGGAAAACAAAGCCACUUUCCCUGACAACUAUGAUGCAGAGGAGAGAGAGAAGACAUAUAAGAAGUGGAGCUCAGAAGGCCGAGGGGGACGUCGAGGCCAUGAUGCCCCCAUGAUAGCCUAUGAUGCCCUCCUUGCUGCAGGGAGCAGUUGGGCCGAGCUCUGCCAGCGGGCCAUGUUUCAUGGAGGUGAGAGUGGAGCCACAGGGACAAUUGCCGGCUGCCUGUUUGGAUUGCUGUAUGGCCUGGCUACCGUUCCACAAGGCUUGUACCAGGAGCUGGAGCACAAGGACAGACUGGAGGACUUGGGCACAGCCCUUCAUCGCCUGUCCUCAGAGGAGAAGUAAAGCAUUUCUGCCAUUUUCCCUCCCAGAGAGUGGUCCAUAGCAUUCACAUGCAAGCUCAAAGCCUCCCCGGGUGAGGGUGCAUAUGUGCACUUUCCACAUACACAAAAAAAAUCCAUGCCCCAUGGACCAUAAUUCAAUUUUAAAUUUCCCCCACAAUUUCAGAAUUGUAUUUGCUAUAUAAAAUACAUUGUUUGUCCUACAGCAAUAUUUUUCCUUACCCUCACUGCAAAUUAGCACCUUGCUGCCAUUACCUUGGGUUUGCUGCACUGAAGCCUCUGAAUACAGUGGUUGCAAGCAGUCUCCUGGA